CGAUCAUUCUAAAGGCCCAAUAACAACCCCACCCCCGCGCCUCAGCCAAAAGCACUCUUCCAUCUCCCGAACACCAACCAUCUGCAACCAUGAACAUCCUUUACUCAACAGUCAACAGCCUGCGAGACAGGUAUACGCCGGCGAGCCAUACCUCGACCUUCCGUAAGACAGGCGAGAUCACUCCCGAGGAGUUUCUCGCCGCGGGCGAUUAUCUGGUCUUCAAGUUCCCGUCCUGGUCAUGGGCCGAUGCCGAGACACCUAGCAAGCGCAUCAGCCAUCUUCCGCCGGGGAAGCAAUACCUGGUAACACGCCACGUCCCCUGCCACCGCCGCCUCAACGACGACUUUGCCGGCGAUGCGGGACAUGAGGAGGCCGUGGUGGAGGGAGGCAAGAACAACGACGACGAUGGCUGGCUGCGGACCGGCGGCCUGACCAGCUCCCAGCCGCUCAAGGUGCGGGAAGUACGGACGGUAGAUGAUUCCGGCAAUAUCGGCGACCGGGAGGUCAUCGACGAAGACGAUAUUCCAGAUAUGGAGGAUGAAGAGGACGACGAGGCCAUCAUCCGGGAUGCCGACGGGGACGGCAAGAGCAGCGGACGGCGGACAUACUCGUUGUACAUCGUCUACUCGCCGUGGUACAAGACCCCGCGGAUGUACAUGUCUGGCUACCAGCCCAACGGCGAGCCGCUGCCUCCUCACCUCAUGAUGGAGGAUAUUGUGGGGGACUACAAGGACAAGACGGUGACCCUGGAGGACUUUCCAUUCUUUGCGAACAGCGUGAAGAUGGCGAGCAUACACCCGUGCAAACACGCUUCCGUCAUGAAGACCCUCCUCGACCGGGCUGACGCGGCGCUCAAGCUGCGGAGGGAGAGGCAAAAGGCGGGUCUAGCCGCUGGCAGCAACCAGGGGUUGGAGGGGUUGGAGGGGUUAGAGAGUGAGAUCGCCAACCUGAACGUCGGCGGUGCCGAUGCCUCCAGCGACAAUAACGAUGAGUGGGAGGAGGUACAGCACGACGUUGCUGAUCAGGAAGUUGCCAUCCGGGUAGACCAAUAUCUGGUCGUGUUCUUGAAGUUCAUUGCUAGUGUGACACCCGGGAUCGAACACGACUUCACAAUGGGAGUCUGAUUGUCUUUUUUUCUUUCUUUCUUUUUUUUUGCCGAUGAUGUCUUUUGCGUUGGGUUGACACGGGGGGUGGGUUGUUGUCUGAUUUUAGCUUGGCUCAUUCUACGACUUGAUGAUAGUUGGGACCAGAGG